AUGGCAGAACAAAUCACCUCAAUUUUUGGCGAGGCGGGACAGUUUUCUGUUUCCUAUGAUGAAAAUGUUCAAAAUAUAAGUGCUGCAUAUAAGACUGUUGAAACUCAAUGUAUUGAGAAAGUAAACAUUGCACGCGAAGAAAUUAUUACUUCAUCUGAAUCACAGCAAUUGGAUACAUCACUCAUAGUUAGAGAAGCGGUAGUAAAAGACAGUAUUUUAUCACUAGAAUGGGAAGACAGUAAAACACUGGACAUAAAUAAGGUUGAUUAUCAACACGUCGAUACAGUUGAAGAGAGUAAGUGCUUAGAAUCAAUUGAUGCUAUAAAACAAGCUAAUGUACUCAUCAAACAAAAAGAAUCUGAUCAGCAAAAAUCAAAGGAAGUUACGAAAAGACAAUCGAAAUUAUCAUUCAUUAAAGGUGAAGAAGCAGCUGGCAAUAUUUCAAUUCAUAAAAAGACCGAAGUAAGUGCAGCAAAUUCUUAUCAAGAAUUGGCCUAUGAGUUUUCUUUGUCGAAAACUAGUGAAGAAAAAACUUCCAGGUCAAUACAGGAGUCCUUUUAUUUAAAUCAAAGAUCAAAACAGUCAUACUCACAAGAAGAGUUCCGAAGACAAUCAAUAGAGAUUGAACAAGAUUUGGAAGAGGACAGUCACGUUGUUAUUAAAGAAGUAACCGAUGAAGGUGAAACCAAUGAUGAGUCAUCUGCAGUGCCAAUGGUCCAGGAGGAAAUCGAUAUUGACACAAGACGAUCUUCGCGUGAACUUGAUCUGCAAACCGUGGAAGUCCAAGAAAUUAUAGAAAAAUUAGAAGACGUUGCCCCUAUGGAGGAUUAUAAGAAUUCGGAAAAAGUUAAAGCAGCCAUCGAUGAAUGUGCUACGCUCACAAUUGCCAAAAAGGAAGAAAUUGAAAUUGCUUACCCCGUGUUGGAAAUUUACGAAGAGGAAUCAGCUGAGAUGACAAAUAUUGCCGCUCAGUCCUCUGCUAAUACAUUAUCAAGACAUUCAGACAUUCAAACACUUGAUGAGAUGGAAAUUGAACAGCAACUAGCACUGUCAAGUACAAUGGAGUCGCAACUAAAGUGCAAGACUGAACAAGUAUCAGCCGUCAUUAGAUCAGAAAACACAGAAAGCAAAAAAGUAAAAUCAAUUAAAACCCGUUCACGUGUUGACACACUAGAGAGUUUUAGAUUAGCGGAAUCAGCUGCAACAAUUUCUCAGAAACUCAUAUCAGAAGAACUUAGUGGUCAGUCAAGUGAAAUCGUUUUAAAAACGGUCAAUACACAUGGGCACAUGGGAGAAAAAGACAGUAGAAACGUUGAAAGUAGCAUCGAAAUACAGUCACCUACCACGCCUCCUACACCCUUAACGGAUGAAUACGUCUUUAGGCUUGUAGCACCGUUACCUAAGAGUAGGGGUUCCACACCUAAUCCAAUAGAACCAGAACCGGAAUCUUCAGAAUCCUAUCGUGAUGAUGAGCAUAUGGCUAAGAAAAAUCUAACACCAGCUGUAGAGUCCGAAACAUGUGAAAGAGUCCUCUACAAUCCAUCAUUACCCACCCCAUCUACAAGUCCCGUGCACUCGCCGGUAUACACUAAGCCAGGGUUAAACGGUGGCAUGAAGCGAUUGCCACGUUAUAUCAAGCCCGGCUUGAGAGGAGGUUCCGACAGAACUUUGAUCACUGAGGAGGAAAUUUUAGAGGUGCAAAGGAGAUCGUCGAUUCUCACGUCAGCCAUUACUGAGACUUUAAGAAACAUCGAGAGGUAUAAAAAAGAAGUUGGAAUUUUAAAGGAAACAGUUGCCGCAGAAAACCAACCGGACGCUGGUAUGGAGUCGGAUGAAACACUUAGAAAUGAUGAAAAGGACAUUAAGGAGUCAGAAAGGAUACAAUCUAAUAACGAAGUAAAAGAAAACAUCACUCUUGAACUACAAAAACCAGAUCAACAGAUCUUAACAACAGAAGUAACAGGCGAUGGGAAACCUAACCCCGAUGGAUCGGUUGCUAUCGAUAUAAACGUACGAAAUGCAGACGAACCAUACGACACGUAUUCAGAUGCUUUCGAAGAGGUCACUUUAUUUGAAGACAUUGUAACAGACAAAAGGCGCGAUCACUCGGAAACCAUCGAGGAGUGUUUCGACGUAACGGAAAGCGAGGCUCAAAUAACAGAAGGUGUUGUUGAGUUCCCUAAAGAAAUAGCUGACGGUCAACAAACUGAAAGUGAUCUGGCUGAGGAUGUAUCAAGAGCUGAGGAAGAAGUCUACGGGACGCCCGACGAGGAGCCAGCAGCAAUUAGCGAGACAGGAAACGGGAAUUUGGAUGAAGCAGCCGAUCUAGAAGUAGCUAAAGUUACAGCGUUGGGUGCGAGCACAGAUGGCAAUGCAUCCAAAGGGAGCCCAGCGUUAACGCCGAAAGAUACUGACCUUCUUAAGGAGGCUCACGUGAUUAGCCUCACCAGGGUACUAUCGGCGCAUAUGCUGCGCGAAGAGCUCAGCCCAGAUCGGCAGAAGAUCGACAGUGAGAAGAACCAGGAAGAGCGAGGGAAGAAGGAGGGAAGCGGGGAGGAGAAGGUGAGGUCUUGGACGACCUUCUUGCAGAAGUCGACGCACCCCGUUCCUGGGCAGAAGCUGGACCACUUCGCGGAUCUGCAGAACAAGUUCGAAGCGAAGGAACUUUUCGCCGGGAAGACCGAUGUGAGAAUAGCCUCAGAGAUGAAAUCCAAGGAUUCGAGUCCGGUUCCUUGGCAAGAGAGGGCGCUAGCGGACACUCUGGGUGCACCAAGCGCUUGUAGGGUCGAAGAGCCGGUGCUGAUCCCAGCCGAUCCACCCGAGUUCCUGGUGGCGAUUCCUUCGGGUUCCACUCCUAGUGCUGACUUGGAAGUUUCGACACCAACCACAAUCCAACACGGCGUGCCAAGGAUAGAGAUUGAACAGACAGAGAUAGAAGAUAGGGGUGCUAUUGAAGUCGGCGUGGACAAAAUAGUCGAGGAGGCGCUGAGAGUUGCGGAGAGUUUAGAAACGGGGGAGAAGGACAGACUGGUCCAGCUUUUAUCAACAAACAUCAAAAGCAGAUCUGAUUCCAAUCUCCCGGUGGAGGAGCAACUGAGCGAGAUGAGGAGUCAGCUGGAUACGCUUGCGCAGGUCCCGGAGAUUAUCAGGCGAGCCCUGGAGAACCUUUCCGUGCAGUUGAGCGUGAUUAGUCAUCGGAGGAAGGAAGAAAGCGUUGUCCAUACUGAGGGUGUUACCCAAACAAAACCAACUCAAGCGCCGAUCCAAGAUAGAAAUAAAGGAACGGAAGGAGUUCCGAGAGAAGAAAUACCACAGCCACAGAUUAAAAACGAAGUUGACCAGCAAGCGGAUAGAGUUGCAGAUAAAAUGCCAGCGGAGACAAGAGGCGCUUUGACAGUGACAGACAGUAAGGACCAAAAUCAAGCCAGGACCGCGCCCCAUCAGCCCCGCGCGAAGCCCGAGCCGAAAUUCGGGAGGCUCCACCCCGACACGGGGGAGCUCAUCCUGCCGGGUGGCAGGCGCUGGAGGAGGUUCCGCAACGAGUAUGACGAGGAGUCGAUCGCGGAGACAAUCCUCGCCCAAUCCGAGAUCAUUCAGGGGAGAGCCCUCGGGAUAAACUUCAUGAAGUACGAGAAACCGGCCGCCCCACUCGACCAUCUUCAGCGGUCGGAGGUGUACAAGUUGGUGCACAGCGUGGACCAGACGCCGCCAAAGCGUGUUGAGAUGCUGCGGGCAGCUAUCUCCGAAGCUGAUUACCGGGAGAGAUGUCGCUCAAUGUCGCCUUGUCCACCAGACUCCGCCAAAGAGCAACAGCCCUCCGAUCAGCUUCAACCG